GCCAAACUCACCAUGGCCUUUCCUCAGGACGACCUGAAAUGGUUCGGCGAAGGCUUCGACGGCUUUCCCAAGAAACUCCCCGAAGACGUCGUGGAAUACCUCGUCUUCGUCCUCGACGCCCAGCGUUCCGACACACAAACAAGAGAACGACUGCAAGCCUUCCAGCGCGCACUGAACACGCUAGAGAAGAAGUUCCUCAAAGAGUACAUCUGGCAACGUGACCCCCUCAAGCUAGACCUUGUUCGCGAAGAAGGGCGGUGGCUGCUGAGGGGCCAAACCAACUACGGCGACAGCGUGGCCGAUGAGUGGUUGAUAGUCUAUCUUCUGCGCGAGCUGAGUAAAGAAUUCAAAGACGCCUGGAUCCGGAUAUACGACUCAGAUGGCGAGUUCCUUCUCAUCGAGGCUGCCAACGUUCUGCCUAAAUGGUUGAACCCAGAGGUUGCUGAGAACAGAGUCUGGAUCAAUGCACAUCGUCUACUCAUUGUGCCCCUAGGCAAAGGAGAAGAGCCGGCACCAUUGAAGCAAGACGAAGCGUUGAAGAUCAUCUUCGAUACCCCAGCCAGACCACAACAAUACCCAAACGUUGAAAAAGAAGCCUUUCAUCGCCUGAAAGGAUAUCCUCUCGCGAUAUCUGAGAAUCAACAUCAUGCGACUCUUCCGCUACCUCGAGUUGUCGCACACGUCUUAAACCACAACCCAGCUUACAUAGCUUCUAUAGUAGAGGCUUUCUAUCUUCGUGACCCUGUUUCCAUUCGUUUGCUACAGCCCGACAAAACAAAGACGCAACUAAUCUUUCCGCCAGAAGACUUUGUGGAUGUCAGUGUUCGUUUCACCAAAGUAUUGUACGCACAGCUUUUGGGUCAACACUGGGAUCCACCAGACCCAUGGAUUGGCGCCCUGGAGAAGCUACUUCAAGAGGGUAAACCAUCUGAAAAGUCUGAAAUCGGUGUAAAGGUGACGGCUGGCAUGGAAAUGCUCGUACGGCAUACUUUGUACGCAGAUAGAAAAUCCGUUCGCGAGAUCAGCUUACUGAUAGAGGACCUUGAAAAUGGGGAUGACACGUUGCCUACGAACGCGGAAAUCACUGCAUGGCCGAAACGUGAAGACGACGAGGGGUGGCUGAACAUCGACUUUUCCGAAUUUGAAAAGGAACUUGCAGGCAAGGGUGGCAAUCAGGGCUUCGGGGACAAAGCCGCACAGGAAAACCUGAAGAAGAUGGUCGAACGCUUCAACGAUUUUCUCAACGAUGACGAGGCCGGUAUCGAAGGUGCUGGUGUAGUAGAUCCCAUGGACGUUGACAACGACUCAGACGCAGGUGAUCGAGGAUGGGAAGAUCCCGAGGACAGUGAUUCGAGCGAAAAGCCCUCUGAAACCAAAGCCAGCAAAGUUGAGGAUGCAAGCGAUGAAGAAGACGACGAUGCUGACGCCGACGAAGAGUUUGCGGAGUACGAACAAACCUACGAGAAGUUCAUGAUGCUUUCCGCCGCGGAAAAGGCCCUCCUCACAGAGGAUGCGCGUGAGCUGGCACUCGCUCAAGACGCGGAACAAGAAGAAGAUGAGGAGAUCAAGAAACUAUCCAACAUGAUGGAAGCAGAACUCUUCGGCCAUGGAGCACUCAACCUCAACACAUCAACCAGUCGAGUGUCAGGUACCGGUCUGUUAGAGGGUGAAGAAAAGCCAAACAAAGGCAAGGGGAAAGUCAAGUUCGAGGAUAUAAGCGAAGACGAUGAGGAGGAGGAAGAUGAGGAGGAGGGCCUCCUCGAUGACGACUACAACCUUGCAGACAACAUGUUAAAAGCUUUCAAAGGUCAAGAUGGUAUGGCUGGACCAGCGGGGAACAUGAUGAAGCUCAUGGGCAUUCAAUUUCCACAAGAUGCAGAUGACAGGAUGAGGAGUAGAGAAAGGGGAAAGAACACGUCGCUCAAGAAUUGAUAGAAAGAAAAUUUGACUUUCUGGAACCCAUUAAGAUACCGAUAUCUACUGGUUUCCAAGUUGCG